AUGUACUCCUUUCUUUUUUACUCUAAUCUGUUGAUCACUUUUUCACUCCUUUUUCCUUUCCUAACUUUAGCAAUUUUUCUAAUUCCCUUCCACUCACAACUUUAUACUUUUUUCCUUUAUUUUCUUCUUUUUUACUGUUUUCUCUUUUUCAUUUUUUACUUUCUGUUUUCUCUCUUUUCCUUCUCUUUCUGCACCUUUCUUUCUUUUUUUUCUCUUUCUUUCCUUACACCUAUUUUAUUCACUUUUUACUCUUUUAACUCUCUUUACUCUCCCUUGUCUUUCCAUCUGUUUUCUGAAUCCUUUCUUUCCUCUUCCACUAAUCGUUUCUUCUCUCUAUUUUUGCUUUCCUUUUCAUCAUGGUUUACCCUUCUUUGUUGUACUCUACUUUUCAUUCAUUUUUUGUACUUCUUCCUUUCUGCACUGAUUAAUUUCUUUCCUUUGUUUUCUCACACUCUCCUACAGUAUUUUUUAUUUGCCUUUCAUUUCUUUUUUACUCUUUUUCUUUGCAUCCAUUCUUCACUCCUCCUUCUCUUUGCCACUUUUUUCUUUUCAUUUUUUUGCUCUUGCUUUCCCUUUCUCUUGAAACACUCUUCCCUCUGUUUUUUGCUGUUUGAUAUUCUUUUAUUUUUUUCUUUCUUUAUGCCGCCUUUAUUUAUUUUCCUUGUCCACCUUUUCUUUUCUCUUUCUUAUUCAUUGAUCUUUCCUUUCCUUUAUAUACAUUUUUAUUACUUUGUUUUUCUUUCCCCACCCUGGAUUUUUUCGCAUUGCCUUUAUCUUUCACAAAUUUCAUUAUACACUGUUAUCUUCUUUCUCUUAAUUUGCCCUCUUUUUUAA